UCAUUUUGUAGUCCAUUUGACCUCAGGAGAAGCCGGAGAAUCCAUUUGCUGUUGUUAGCUAAGCUGCUGAAAGUUGUGUAACAGGGAAAACAAGAGGACACAGCUCGGGGGAGGUUCAGUCCAGUGAAGUAAAUCAGAGGGGCUUCUCCUCACACACAAACCCUGCAGUUUAUGAAUAUUUUGAAGUUUCAUCCGGCUAAAAUGUUUUCGCUGUCAACGUCAUUUCAGCCCCAGCAGAUGAUCCUGCCCCUCAGCCAGCUCAUCAAUGCCCUCCACUCUCUGAAGAACUCAGCCACAGCUUCAGUCCAGACCCUGCACAAAGACCUCGCUGCAGACCAGAGUUCCUUUCUAAAAGAGCCCACCAUAAGUCUGAGAGAUCUCGGCCUCUCAGAAAUCGGAGUGAGUCAGCUGGAUGAGCUGGUCAGCAGGUUGCUGCCGACACCAGGACCAGAAGAACCUCCCGCUGUCCCCCCUGUAUGGAGAACGAGUCACGUUUCUGCGGACAGCUUCUUCCAAAACAAGCAUGGGUUUUCUCACAGAAGGUUGGGAGUGUUCGGCUCCCCGAUAUUCCACAGACAAUACCACAGGCCUCUAAAAGAUGUCUGUGAGGAGCUACAAUUUUUGCCAGUUUUUAUCCAGAGUCGAGGUUUUAAGACCCUUAGAAGGAGCAGACGAGGGGAAUCCACUUAUGAUGGUCCUGUGGAGUCUGAGCCUUACACCCCAGCCUUCAUGAAGGGGUUACUCCAGAGGGAAAAGGCUCCAGAGGCACAGUCCCUGGACCAAGUGACGAAACAAAGGAACCUCCCAGAGAACCAGCAGGAGGCUUUCAAGACUGGUUUCACUGAGGGGUUCAUGAGAUCUCAGGCUUACACUCAGAGAACACAAGACUCUCUGAGGAGAACCAGGCUGAUCCUGCUGGUCCUCCUACUUCUUGGUAUUUAUGGCUUGUCCAGAACCCCCUUUCUCUCCGGUAAAGGCUCCUUUUCUGACGCUGUGAGGUUCCGCACCACAUCCGGUCUGGACUCAGCCGUCGACCCCAUCCAGAUGAAGAAUGUGACAUUCGACCACGUCAAAGGAGUGGAGGAGGCCAAGAACGAACUCCAGGAGGUCGUCGAGUUUCUCAAGAACCCCCAGAAGUUCACGGUGCUGGGUGGAAAGUUGCCCAAAGGGAUCCUCCUCGUUGGUCCUCCAGGCACAGGGAAGACUCUGUUAGCACGUGCUGUAGCCGGGGAGGCCGACGUGCCGUUCUACUACGCCUCUGGAUCAGAGUUUGAUGAGAUGUUUGUUGGUGUUGGUGCAAGCAGAAUCAGGAACCUUUUCAAGGAGGCCAAAACAAACGCUCCCUGUGUGAUCUUCAUUGAUGAGCUGGACAGCGUUGGUGGAAAGAGGAUCGAGUCUCCUAUGCAUCCUUAUUCCAGACAAACCAUCAACCAGCUGCUGGCGGAAAUGGACGGGUUCAAACCAAAUGAAGGCGUCAUCGUUAUCGGUGCUACAAACUUUGCUGAGGCUUUGGAUAACGCUCUGGUAAGGCCGGGAAGGUUCGACAUGCAGGUGACGGUCCCUCGCCCUGACGUGAAAGGACGCACUGAAAUCCUCAACUGGUACCUGUCAAAGAUCAAAGUGGACCCCGCCAUUGAGGCAGAGAUAAUUGCCCGGGGCACAGUGGGCUUCUCUGGAGCAGAGCUGGAGAACUUAGUCAACCAGGCAGCCCUGAAGGCGGCCGUGGACGAGAAAGAGAUGGUCACAAUGAAAGACCUGGAGUUCGCUAAGGACAAGAUCCUCAUGGGCCCUGAGAGGAAGAGUGUGGAGAUCGACAAGAAGAAUAAGACCAUCACGGCCUACCACGAGUCCGGCCAUGCCAUCGUUGCCUAUUUCACCAAAGAUGCAAUGCCAAUCAACAAAGCCACGAUCAUGCCCAGAGGCCCCACACUUGGCCAUGUGUCCAUGCUCCCAGAAAACGACCGCUGGAGCGAGACGAGAGCCCAGCUGCUGGCUCAGAUGGACGUCAGCAUGGGCGGUCGAGUAGCAGAGGAGCUCAUCUUUGGAGACGACUACAUCACCACUGGAGCAUCCAGCGACUUUGAUGGAGCAACCAAAAUAGCAAAAAUGAUGGUGACCAGGUUCGGCAUGAGUGACAAGCUCGGCGUCAUGACCUACGGUGAUGUAACCAAGCAAAGCCCCGAGACACAAGCUGCUAUCGAACAAGAAGUCAGGGUUUUACUAAAGGACUCUUAUGAACGUGCUAAAAACCUCCUGAAGACCUACAAUAAAGAGCACAAGACCCUAGCUGAUGCCCUGCUCAGAUAUGAAACUCUGGAUGCCAAAGAAAUCCAGAAGGUGCUGGAGGGCAAAUCCCUGGACCACUAGUUACCUCAGUAGAUAUUUUAAUCUCUUGUAUAUAUGAAGCUGUGCGAAUGUGCACAGGCCUUUUUGAGGCCUUGUAUUUCAUUUCUUGUAUCCCUCAUAUUAUCGUGUGACGAUGUCACUGAAAAUAUUAAGUUAAACCCUUCUAUUCAUUUUGUUUUAUUGACUGUCUUUUGUCCUGCAUCUUGGAAGAUAAUUGUUCUCUCAGAGAUUUUAAAGCACUUCAUAGUUUAAUCACAUGAAAAGAACAGAUUUGUCUGCAGGUUGAAAAUAUCGAUUUCAUACAAUUAUUUUCAAAACAAAAGACUGCAAUACUUUUCUACAUCCGUCACAAUCAGUACAAUAAAACGGUGAAAAGGUGAAUGAAUUCUACAAAGAUCAAAGUUGAUUCAUGUGUGAUAACUUCAUUUAGAUGUUACGGUCUCAUUUUAAAAUUUGUACAGACAAGUGAACACCGUAGGACCUUAAAUUACCUCAAUCCAGAAUGUACCGUUACGCUGUAGCAAGGUGCAGGUGAAACCCCUGUUCAGUGUUGAGCAGCUCACAGACCUUUCUCUCAAUGAUGUCUUUCAGUUACAUCUGCAAUAUACUUUCUAUUACGUGUGUUCUUAUUUAUUUAAGUGCCCAAAGAAGUGUUUUCUUUUGCUGAACUUAGUGUUAGGCCUUAAUGUGAAAUUCUAAGCUCAUCUGUAACAGAUAAUUGAGGGUAAAUGUACAUAUUCUGUAAGUGUGACUUUGUGUGUUGGUUUGUUUCUUUAGACUAAGGCCUUUUAAGCUCAAAUAAAGGUUUCCUUUACUCAUAAA